AAAGCCAGAUAUUGAUUUUGACAUAAUGCUGCUAAUCUUUUAGUUUUUUCAUGUAAAUUCAGUAAGUUAAAACAUGAAUACAAGCUACGCAAAAGAUCAAGUAGCCGCCCUUGGGUCUUCUCACACUUUCAUGCCAAGACUUGCCUUGUUCCCCCCUCUGCAAUACUAUUGCUCGAUCAAGUGUUACCUGUGGAUUAUUGAUUUUCUGUAGAGCGUUGAGGUUGAAAAGAUUUAGCUCGUGUGGAAUCUAAGGAAGACUUGUAAAAGUCAUGGCGGCGCUGUAUGUAUAAUGGCUGCAGGAUGAUCUGAAACGUGAUUUCAAGUUAUACAAGUAUCCUCACAAUGGCUCGCUAUAUUUCAAGUGAAAGUGAUGACUAUUAUCAACCUCCACCCCGUCAAAGACACCAUGCUCAGACCAAUGAUGACAGAGUCUACCGCCUUACUUCCAAUUUACAAGACACCACAAGGAACUUGAGAUCCUUGGAUCGUAUGCUAGAUGACUACUCAGCAGUAGGAUCAGAACAGAAGUCUUCCAUUGACAGGAUCCGAGGUGAGCUGGACAGGACACAUGAAGACAUUAGAGAUGAACGUGCCAGAGGACAUGCCAUAGACAGGGAUUAUGGGAGUGAUUCAGAAAAUUAUGGGUCGUCACCUAGAGGUCGUCGUCGGAAGCGUUCUGCUGUGCGCUUCGCAGAUGAUAUGAACAAAGAGCUGCAUGGUAUCCAUCAGACAGUGAGAGAUAUUUCCUCGGAGCAGAUCAAGCUAGAGGAGAGUUUCAAUAAGGAAAUGGACCGAAGAGACAGACACGAAACAGAAACAAGACGAUCACUCAGGCAAAUCGGGGAAAAUUUGAAGUCCAGUUCAGACCCGCUUUCAGACCGCGUUGAGCGACGACUCCAGGCCAUUCAGACAGAAAUCAAGUCUGAGAAGCAUCACCUGGACAGAGACAGAAUGGAUGAACUUUACUCCCUGUCCUCUGACCUUCGCAAUGCCAUCCAGUCCUCAAGUAGUCAAGCCAAUGUUGAUGACAAGCUCCGAAGUCAAUAUUUGCAGUCAGAGUCACUCAGGCACAAGGUGGAGAGUGAUCUUGAUACGGUUCGGAGGCGACUAGACCAAACUGAAGGCAGCCGAAUAGCAUUGCAGAACCAAGUGGAGCAGCUGAGAGCACAGCUGUCCCGUGCUGAGCAGGACAGGCACAGGAUAAGGAUUGACCUUGAUGAGUCACGUGUAGAGUCAGAGGUCAAGGAACAGCGCAGGAAGCGUGCAGCUGAAGAGGACCGGGCCCACAGCAUGGAGAGAGAGCUGCACGAGAUGAAGAAUCACCUGGCUCGCUCGGUGGGCGCUGUCUCGGAGCUGGAGGAGUUACGACGCCGUCUGGAGAAGAGUGAACGACAAAGAGCGCAGCUCUCCGACCAUAUUGAGACACUGGCAAAAGAUCUUGAUAACAGAGAUCGACAGAGCGCUAAAGUGAUCACCCAGCUGAAGGAAAUCUCCGAUAAAUUUGAAGAUUCUGACCGUCAGCGCAAGCUGCUGUCUGUCCAGUUGGAUGACGUCCAGCAGAAGUUGCAGGGAGUGACACGUGAGCUCGAGAAAACAACACACGAACUUCGUAACACACAGCUGGCCUUGCAAGACAGUGAGAAGAAGAAAGAUGAUUUCAAAUGUCGAGCCCAGGAGACUGUGCGACAAUGGAAAGCUAAAGUGAAGUCAUUGGAGCGUGAUCUUGACCGCCAGAAGCACGGCACCGGUCAAAUGAUGGCUCGCAAUGAACAGCUGGUGAAGGAGAUGGAAGGUCAGAAGCAACACGGGAACUACAGCCAGAUGCAGAUUGAGACUCUCAAGAGAGAACUUGCCGAUGCCCUGGCUGUUCGAGCUGCCCAGGAUGAACAAAUUCGACUGAAGGACAUCGAAGUAAAUGAGCUAAAGUCUGUCAGGAUGGACCUGGACAAGGACUACCGGGACACUCGCACAAUAGCUGAAAAGAUGGAGGCAGAGAUUCACUCGCUGAGGUCGAGGCUUGCGUCUGUGUCAGAGGACAAGCAUCGUGUUGAGAACAAACUGUCGGCCAUCGAAGCUGCUCACCUUCUGGCACAAAACCAAUCACGAUCAUUGCAGGAUGAGUUGAAAGAGCUGAGCACUGUGAAAGCUGGCGUUGCAACUCAACUUGCCGAAACUUCUGCCAAAAAUCAUGACCUGAACCAGGCUGUAGUGGAGUUGCAACACAAAGAGCGUGCGGCGCGGGAGGAGGUGGAUCUGUACAAAAAGCAGCUGUGCCAGGAGAGGAAUGGCCUGAGCAAAGACUACGAGACUCUGAAACGGGAGCUCAAUGAGGCAAAGGUACGUGAAGCUCACACUAUGCAGGAAGUGAACAGAAAGUUCCGGGCCCACAGCGCAGAGAAUGACGCCACCAUACAAGCUUUGAAGUUGGAACUUUCUGAAGAGAAAUCAAAUUCAAAGAUACUUGGACGUAAUGCAGACAGGCUGAAGGAAGAAAUGGACAUUUUAGAAAAACGAUUCAGAAUGAGUGAAGAAGAAAAUACAAGCAUGAGGCGUAAGAUUGAACUGGUGCGACACGAAUUUGAAACCCAGAGGCCAAUAUCAGCAGCUUCAGUAGCAUUUUUAUCUAGUCAGCUGGCUGAGGAUGACUUAAACAGGGUAAAAAAGUUGGAGAACCAGCUGGGCAGUGCUCAGAUGGAGCUGGAGAAACUUGAAAAGCAGCAAAUUAAUCUCAUUCAAGAAAUUGCCAUAGAAAUUGAUGCCUUGGUGGAGACAGCUUCUAUUGACGCCACAAGUCGCUGUCAGCCUAUCAACGGCCUCAAGAAUCUCGCUGUCGUUGGUUCAGGCAUCCCGACACACCUGCUGACAGAAAUAAAGAACAAGAUCAAAUGGUUGAGGUCGGAGUUCCGGGAACGUUUGGCCAGGGAGCGCCGGCUUCGUCAGGAAUUCCGCACCGCGCUGUCCUCUACUGAUGCUGACCGCCAUUUCUUAGUUACAGAACUGGCACGUAAGGAUGAUGAACUGGACGACCUUGUGCAGGAGAAGCAAGAAAUUGCAUUCAAGGAAGUUUUCGCGAAAAAUGCAGUGGAAGACCUAGAGGAACAAGUUCUGGAUUUGUCUGGCGAACUGCACGUGCGGCGUAUACGUGAGGAGGAGCAGAGAAAGAUGUUCGCCAUUGAGAAACAGAAUAUCAUUGAGGAGAUGGAGGACAUAAUGGAUGCCCAGAAGGAGAAGGAGAAAAUAGAAGAGCGGUACAAAAGGUUACAAGGCACGCUGAAAUCUCUUCAACACGACCUCAAAUCUAACGGAGAGAACGGGAAGAAAACCAACGGCAUCCUCCGGAAGCCCACUAGCCCUGCACCUAGGAGAAGAAACCACGUCCGCAUCUCGAGUUCAACACCCACUAAAGAGUUCAACUCCUCUGACCCCGUGACCCCUUCACAGACUCCGCCCCCAAUGGCCUUGAGUGACGAUGAAUUUAGGUCAAAGUUCAUGCCCAGGACACCGCAGAGCGUGGAGACAUAGCCUGAAUGACAAAUCGGAAAUUUCUUCAAAAGUCGCGACCGGCCUACAAUGACCAUAAACACUUGUUAUUAUGGUUGCUGGUGAUUUUAUUGAAUUCUUUUAUUUCCUUUCAAAAAAUCAAAAUUUGUUGAACAGCCCUUUUUUUCUUUCUUAAAAUAGCGCAGAUAUCUUUAGUAGGUUCAAUUCAUUUUGAAGUUAUCACUUAGGUCAGCCUUUCAGUGUUGUUCUGGGAAGAACAUACUUUAAUACAAAAAUCCAUUAUGAAAUUAUUGAACUGAUUGACCCGAUGGGGCUUUUGGUUAUUCCAAGUUCUUAACACAAAAGUAAGUAGGGUUUUUUGUGGGUUUUUAAAAUUUUUACACCACGAGGGCUUUUUAAGACACCAUGGGACAGUCAUCAGAACUCAAUUUCGAGUGGCAGGAUCAGGAAUGCUCUGGUGGUACACUGAGAUGUCAACAAUAUACAUUGUAUUUUGAUUGGGUUUAGAAAGCAAGAGAUUCCUGCCCUUCAAGGAAACCCAUUUCAGUUUUGUGAUUUAUUUUUACAGCAAAGGAUGAAGAGCUUCAAUAUAAUCACACACAUAGUUCAAAUGCCUUUGGAACUGUUUUCGUAUGCACUAUACAAUUAUACAGAUUUAAGAGAAAGACAAAAGGAUGUCCUCGUCUGUUAUAGUAUCAUUCCCCUUGUGCAUUCGUCAGUGUAUACUAUUUAUUUAUUGGAAAUAAUCAGCAUUAAUAAAAGCUGGCGUUUAUCUCAAGUUCCUGUUGUUGAUGGUCCUGGUUUGAAUAUUGUAAUGUACAUUUCGUCUGUAUUCAUUGAAUAUUGUCUCUUUUUGAUUUGGAUGUCAUGUAGGGAAUGAAGAUUACGGAUGCUGUGUCUUUUCUCUCGAUGUGCCUGACGUUCGUUUUUUUUUUUUGGGGGGGGGGGUUGUGCUUUUUUUUGUGGGUUUUUCUGGCUUAUGAGUGCACGAAGAAAUUUGAUCAAGCAUGCAGAAGCAGUCAAUGGUUUACUUUUUUAUUUUCCCACAGAAUCCUCACUUAAAGCUUUUUUUUUCAGUUAAACUCAAGGUAGGGAUCUGUUACGUCCAUCAGCUUCCCAUAAUUUUUGUUUGCAACUUUCUGCAAUGAGUAUAUAU